AUGUCGUCGCAAUCGGCAGCGGCUGCAGCAGAAGUUGGUACGGCAAGUGCUUUAACAGCACCAUUGGCUGUCCAGCAGAAUGGUGACGGCAAUCCGGCGCUUGAUCGUAUCCGGCAAAUGUUACUGACGCCGCCGUCUAGCCGACCACCGGAGUUCGAAAAUCCUUUGGAGAAAAUUGAGCAACUGUUAACAUGUCCAAUAUGUUUAGAUCGGUAUAAGUAA